AUGCCCGACUUCCGGUUUGGUGUCAAGGGAGACCCUCUCUCUCUCUCUCUGUCUCUCUCUUCUGUUCUCUUUUCCUGCAAAGAUUUGACCGUGAAGGAUUCUCGUCUCGACCAUGGGUUGUCAGACAUUAAAAGCAUAUUCACGCAUGCAUUCAUGCUGCCUGAUUGUGAAAAUGAAGAUGAGGUUACUGUCUUUGGCCAACUAUCAGCUCCAAUUCAGGUGACUGUAGAACCAGUUGGCCGUUUCUUUGAGCAGAUCCAAAUCCGUUAUCACCAUAAACAUUCUCAUGAUCAUAUUGAUGGGGAAGAUGCUGAUGAAUCCGAAUCUGGAUCAAGUGAAGAUGAAUUGCCAGAUGACGAAGAUGAGACUCUUUUGUUCAGUUUGGAUCCUCGAGAAUGGAAGAAACAAGACCAUUAUGCCGUUUUGGGCCUGGGAAAACUUCGAAUCAAUGCAACAAGUAAUAUGAUAAAGAAAGCCUAUAAGGCCAAAGUUCUGAAACAUCACCCAGAUAAACGGAGAAAAAUGGGCAAUGUCAUUAAAGAUGAUGAUUACUUUACAUGUAUAUCUAAAGCUUAUGAAAUAUUAGGCAAUCCCGUGAAACGUAGAUCCUAUGACAGUGUUGAUCCGGAAUUUGACAAUGAGAUUCCACCCAACUGUACAAAUUCUAAACAAAAUUUUUUCACAGUUUUUGGACCUGUGUUUGAACGGAAUGCUAGAUGGUCAGUCAAGAAACCAGUUUCCAAAUUAGGAGAUAUGUCAGCAUCGUAUAAGGAAGUUGACCGAUUCUAUUCAUUUUGGUAUGAUUUCGAGACGUGGCGAGAAUUUUCCUAUCUAGAUGAAGAAGAAAAAGAAAAAGGCGAAAACCGUGAAGAGAGACGAUGGAUUGAAAAACAGAACAAAGUUGCCCGACAGAAAAGAAAGAAAGAAGAAAUGGCUAGAAUCCGACAAUUAGUUGAUAAUGCUUAUGCCUGUGAUCCCCGUGUACAAAAAUUUAAGGAGGAAGAGAAAGAGAAGAAACUUGCCCAGAAGAGAGUUCGCCAGGAAGCAGCUCGUGCCAAAGCAGAGGAAGAGGAAAGAAUAAGACAAGAAGCCCUUGAAGAAGAACGAAAGAAGAAGGAAGCAGAAGAAGAGGCAGCUCGAAUUGCCGCUGCUGCAGCAAAGAAAGAAAAAGAUGCUCUGCGGAAAGUUCUCAAGAAAGAGAAAAAAAUUUUAAGGAUGACUGUGAAGGAUGCAGAUUAUUUUUCUUCAAAUGAUAACGAACGACUGAAUCACAUGCAAGAAGUUGAGAAACUUGCAGAAAUGUUGAGUGUUACAAGUUUACAAUCUUUAAACGAAGCUCUCACCUCUGGAGAUAAGGAGCAAGCUAAAAAAGCUUUCCUACAACAGGUGAAGGAAUUAAAAGAAAAAAUGGAAAAGGAAAAAAUGCAACAAUUAGAAGCCCUCCAAAAACAGUCGGUCAGUGAAAGCUCUCAUGUCAGCAAGGAUUGGUCAGAACAGGAAAUGCAAUUCAUGGUCUCUGCCGUCAACCUCUUCCCAGCUGGAACCCGAGAUCGGUGGGAGGUGAUAUCCAAUUUCAUCAUUCAACAUGUUGAAGGCAGCAAGAAAACUGCUCGGGACGUUUUAAAAAAAGCCAAAGAAUUGCAGAAAAAUGAUUUUUAUCUGAAAGAAGAGGCUCAGAAGAAAGCAUUUGAAAAAUUCGAGAAGCAACAUGUAAAGGGAUCAAGUGCUACACCUGCUGAGGGACACAUCAGCCAACGUUAUGAAAGUGUAGGUGAACAGCAGGUACGGGAACAAGGUACCAAUCCAGCCCCCUGGACAUCAGAGGAGCAGAAACUCUUGGAGCAGUCUUUGAAGACCUACCCUGCUGAUGUGGCUGACCGAUGGGACAAAAUAGCUGCCAACAUUCCUUCUCGCAGUAAGAAAGAUUGCAUCAAGAGAUAUAAGGAGCUGGUUGAGAUGGUACGUGCUAAGAAAAUGGCCCAGACUGCAGCAGCAGCCAAAGCAAAGAAAACAUGA